AGGCCACCGUAUCGUCCUCGUAUCAAAAAGACAAAAAACCCUGGCGACGAGUGUGAAGUGUACGUUGUCAUGAUGGCACCUCGUAACAAAAACCGUUUUUGCGAGACAGACGGCGCAGCAUUUGUGUUCUGACGAGUCUCGCUACACGAAAUCAAUUUUCUAAUCACGAAAUUUGUAAUCAAAUGACAGAAGUUAUUGAAGUGUUGUGAUCCUAAACUAAAGGAAUGUCUUUGGUUGAAAGUUUUACACCAUUGCGAAAACAAAAAGAUGCAUCCAGUGAAGUUGGAAAGUCAAUAUUUACUGUAUCAGAGAGCCUUCAUUCAGAUCAAUUACGUAGCAGGUAUGGCAUUGAAGUUGAGGGAGAUGACGUUCCCGCGCCAAUUCAAUACAUAAGCGAUAUACCCUUGCCUUCGCAAUGUUUAAAGUUUCUGCAAGAAAGAAAAAACAUUCAUAAACUCACUCCCGUUCAAAUGCAAGGAAUCAGUUGUUUGUUAAAGAACAGAGACUGCGUGUGUUUGAGUCCUACUGGCACUGGAAAAACGUACAGUUACUUGUUACCUAUGUGUAGCAUGUUCUGGAAAACCAAGAUGGUAGACGGAACUGUUGGUGGACAAUUUUGUUUGAUUAUUGUACCUACAAGAGAGCUAAUGAAUCAAGUUUUAAAUACAACUAUCGAACUCGUUGACUUACUGAUUCCUAAGCAAGGGACACCAAGGCCUGCAUUUGAUUUUGCUGGAAAUUCUGGAAACAAUCAUACGCCCUACCACAAUACACCUUAUAAUCAAACGCCUUAUAAUCAAACGCCUUAUAACAAUCAUACGCCCUACUACAAUGGAGACUUAAAUCAAAGAUGGGAGUCAAGCUUUUCUCAUAUGCUACCUAACUGUCCCCCACCUGCUGAUUUCAAAACACACACUGUUGUUGGGCUAUGCGGAGGAGUUCCAAUUAAUCAAAAUGUUGCUCAGCUGGCACCUCAAACUAAAAUUAUAAUAGCCACGCCGGGACGACUGCUUGAUUUAUGCGAUCGCGGACACUUAUCUUUGCAAAACAUAAGCUAUUUUGUUAUCGACGAGUGUGACAAAAUGCUGGAAUUGGGUUUAGAAGAGUCCCUUAGAAAAAUUGUUGCCAUGGUGACAGUACAUGAUUCGACAGUACUUACAAGUCUUUGGUCAGCGACACUUCCAACUUCGUUAGAAAGACUCGCUCGGUCAGCGGUUAUCAACCCUGUUUUUAUAUGCACAGGUAUUCGAGAUACGGUGCCGAGAAAUAUAAUCCAGAAUGUUUUGUUUCUUCACACGUAUUUAAAACCGAACACGUUGCUGGAAGUGUUACGACAGACUCCAUAUCCGCCUGUUAUUGUUUUUACCAGUUCAAAACAUAAAGCAGACGAAAUUGCAGAGCUGUUACAAAGCGAGCAAUUUCACGCAGCAGCUAUUCACUCAGAGAAAAAGCAAAGCUGUCGUACUGAGGUAAUGGAGGCUUUUCAAACAGAUGAGCUCGAUGUCCUUGUAGCUACGGAUUUAAUUAGUCGAGGACUCAAUAUUCCAGCUGUAACUCAUGUUAUAAACUUCGACACUCCGGAUUGCAUUGAAGACUACGUACAUAGGUGUGGACGAACCGGAAGGUUUGGACGGCCUGGUACAGCGACGACGUUUCUAACAUUGAACUGUAAGAUUGCUGAAGAAAUUAAAAAUAUGUUAGAAUCAACAGGGAGUGUUGUACCUCACGAGCUAACAGACACAAAAAUGUUCGGAAAGGAGAUCGUAAUAACUGAUAUGGGUGAUCGAGUAAAGUAGAUGAACGCAAGCCUAAAAGUUAGGCGUGUUCGACUUUUUGCGUCCUUCUCGCCCAAGCAACAUCUUUGGUUGUGGUAUUCAUUUAGCUUACCGUGAACAACUAGGAGUUAUUUUGUUAAAUGUGAACAAAUUUCUGUGAAUAGGUUUUUUUUGCAAAA